AUAUGUUGUUGCGUGUUCUCUGACCACCAUGGUAUCAUUCUCUCUGCAGUCUAGAUGACAUGCUGCGUUGUGGUGUGAGCUACGCUGCACACAUGGUGGUGGUCGGGGAAGAGAGCUCAAUGAUCGCUGAGGAGGAUUAUAUGGCUGAUGCACGGACCAUUGUCAACGUACAGACCCUCUUCAGGCUUUUUCCAGGAUUAAACAUCAUUACAGAAUUGACGCAUCCAGCAAAUAUGAGGUUCAUGCAGUUCAAGGCCAAAGAUAAAUAUUCAGUGGUGCUGUCUAAGCUGGAGAAGAGGGAGCGUGAGCGGGGAUCUAAUCUGGUCUUCAUGUUCAGACUGCCGUUUGCUGCUGGAAAGGUCUUCAGUGUCAGCAUGCUGGAUACACUCCUAUACCAGUCUUUUGUUAAGGAUUAUAUGAUCUCCAUCACCCGUCUGUUACUGGGUCUGGAUUCAAUGCCGGGUUCUGGAUUCCUGUGCGCUCUGCAGGUGACAGAAGAGGACCUGUGGAUUCGUAGCUAUGGUCGGCUGUAUCAGAAGCUCUGCUCCACUACCGGGGACAUACCUAUCGGCAUCUUUCGGACUGAAACCCACAUGCUGCCAGUUUCAGAGUCACAGGUCUCUAUAAGUGUGGAGGACUAUGAAGACACAAGGGAGACUCGUUGGGGAGACACAAUCCAAAGCCGAGGCCCACACCGCAACUCCACCUCUAGCGAUCAGUCUGAUCACCCAUUACUGCGCCGGAAGAGUAUGCAAUGGGCUAGAAGGCUAAGUCGCAAAGGAGCAAAGCAGCCUGGGAAAUCAGCUUCUGAAAGGAUCAGCCAGCAGAGAAUGAGCCUCUACAGACGGUCAGAACGCCAGGAGCUCAAUGCAUUGGUGAAGACCAGGAUGAAGCAUCUGGGUCUCUCCACAGCAGAGUACAUGGACAUAAUGGAUACAGAUAAUUCACUAUCUUAUAUUCUUAUAAAUCCUCCUCCGGAUACCAAGCUGGAACUUAAUGAUGUUGUUUACCUGAUCCGUCCUGAUCCUCUGACCCUCGCUCCCGGCAAUGCCAGAAAGGCGAGCGUCACGCGUACUGAGGUCCCGGUUUAUGAUACCAAGGAUAGCACUCAUCUAUGA